AGCCCACCGCCUUCGUGUCGUGUGUGUUUAUCAAAUCUCUCUCUCUUCCCUCUCUAUAUCUCUCUGUAUCGGUUUAAUCUCUUCGUGAACGUUGGUCGAUCUGUCAAAAUCUGUUCUAUCAGGGUUUUCGGAGCCUGCCCAUCUGAUUUCUCCUGCCGUUCUGUUCCUUUUCUUUGUUAUUUUCCCACCGAAGAACAGAUUUCCCUUGUCUGGCAGUGUUUCCGCGUCGGUUUGAUUGCUUUGCCCGGGCUAGGGCAUCUCUGUUUUGCCGUAAUCUUUCGACAUCUCUAGUUUUGAAUAGCUUUCACCGGCUUUGAUUCUGGGUAGUUUCUAUAUUUGUCGGACGUGGUGGUCUCUUCUUCGCAUCCUGCCUAGGAUAUCGUUCCUGAUUAUUUUGCAGGCAAUGGAGGAUAUGGCUUGUCUUUGAGCUAGGGUUAGGGUUUCUGCUUUGUGGGUUGUUUUCUUUUUGGGCUUCAAUGACGGUGGAGUAUAAAUGCUGCGAGACUGGGUUCUUCGUACACAUAGUGGUGAUAGUGUUGCUUGUUGUGUUCGCUGGUCUGAUGUCUGGUCUGACACUGGGUCUUAUGUCCAUGAGCCUUGUUGAUCUUGAGGUUCUUGCCAAAUCUGGAACACUCAGAGAUCGAAAACAUGCUGCCAAGAUAUUGCCAGUCGUAAAAAAUCAGCAUCUGUUGCUUUGCACUUUACUUAUAUGCAAUGCAGCUGCUAUGGAGGCUCUUCCUAUUUUUCUUGACAGUCUUGUGACGGCUUGGGGUGCCAUUUUGAUUUCUGUGACAUUAAUUCUUCUGUUUGGUGAGAUCAUACCUCAGUCAGUUUGUUCCCGUUAUGGUUUGGCGAUCGGUGCAACAGUGACACCAUUUGUCCGUGUUCUUGUCUGGAUUUGCUUUCCAGUUGCAUGGCCAAUUAGCAAGCUGCUGGACUUUCUACUGGGUCAUGGUCGUGUAGCCCUUUUCCGAAGAGCCGAGUUGAAAACGCUUGUGGAUUUGCACGGGAAUGAAGCUGGAAAGGGUGGAGAAUUGACACAUGAUGAGACGACAAUCAUUGCUGGAGCUCUUGAGCUAUCCGAGAAGAUGGCCAAGGAUGCAAUGACACCGAUAUCUGAUACCUUUGUGGUUGAUAUCAAUUCCAAACUCAACAGGGAUUUGAUGAACCUAAUUCUUGAGAAAGGGCAUAGCAGAGUUCCAGUUUACUAUGAGCAGACAACUAACAUAAUUGGACUCGUUCUGGUCAAGAAUUUAUUGACUAUCAACCCAGAUGAAGAAAUACCUGUCAAGAACGUUACCAUACGAAGGAUUCCAAGAGUUCCAGAAAUUCUGCCAUUAUAUGACAUACUGAACGAGUUUCAGAAAGGACACAGCCACAUGGCUGUUGUUGUGAGACAGUGCGACAAACUCCACCCGGUACCUAGUAAUGACUCUGUUGCUGAGCAUGUAAAGGAAGUCCGGGUUGAUGUGGAUAGUGAUAAAACCCCUCAGGAGAGGAUGUUAAAAACGAAGAGAUCUCUUCAGAAAUGCAAGAGCUUGCCCAACCGGGCGAAUUCUUUCAAAGGAGGAUCCAGGAGCAAGAAGUGGUCAAAGGAUAACGACUCUGACAUUCUGAAUCUGAACAGUAAUCCGCUGCCAAAACUGGCGGAAGAGGAAGAAGCUGUAGGCAUCAUUACAAUGGAGGAUGUCAUUGAGGAGCUUCUGCAGGAGGAGAUCUUCGAUGAGACAGAUCAUCAUUUCGAAGACUCAUGACAGUGAAGAAUGAACCCUUCAGACACAAAUCUUAAUAGCUUAGAAAGGAACGAAGAAAAGAAAGGAUAAAGAGAAGAGAUAAAUGAGGAAACUUGACAAGUUUUUGCUGUAAAGGGCAAUGUCUCCCUUUGUCUUUAUGUUUCUACAUCUCCUGUAAAUGUAUCAAACUAUGGUUUCAAUGUUCAAAAGAAUGCAAGAGUCUGUUUGUAUCCGAAAUUUCUCAUCUUUAUCUCUAACAAUAUAAUUUUGCUA